AUGGAUCCAAUGUCUCCAGAAGCUCAUGGUUGGUCUGUCCUCCAGAAACUCAAUGAACAGAAAUCAAUGGGUCUUUUCUGUGAUGUCUCCUUGAUGGUGGAGGGUAAAAUAUUCUUAGCUCACAAAAAUGUCCUAUCAGCUUGCAGUGAAUACUUCUAUGCAGCUUUAAAACGAAAUGAGCAGCAACAGUUUUUGGUUCUUGACAACGUUAGCUUGGAGGGCUUUAGUCACCUUCUUGAUUUUAUAUAUACUUACAAGAUUCCAACCUGUCAUGUACAAGACUUUAUGCAGGCUGGCCAUCAACUGCAAGUUAGUCUUCCACUCACUAGUCAGGUGGUCUCAGUUUCCAGCAGCCCACCAAACAAGAAUACUAAGGAGGAAAUCUGCAUUCCUGAUGAUUAUGAGCUACCUGAUCAGGAGUCAGAGCUGACAGAGGUGGACAGCCCAUCUUUAAGAAGUCAUCACAAUGAUAAUCCCCCAAACAUCAACAGAGUCUUUAGUGAGGACAGAAGAAGGUUUGAGCCAGUGGGCCAGCUAAAAGACAAAGCCAGAAUACACAAAAGAACUUCCUUUUUUAAGGAAACCUUUCCAAUGCAAAACCCAGGUUUCUUCAAGAAUAAACAAUGUGCUAAAAGUGGAAGGCUGGGUAGAGCAAGUCCUGUGGCUGAACCUAGAGAGAACUCCUUUCUCAGUCCUGGUUUUACCAGGCAAAUACCUAUUACAAUUCACAACGAUGGUUCUUCAGAAGAAGCAGAUGAUGAUACUACAGAUAUGUGCAUUAAUCUAUGUGAUGAGCCGGAUACUCCAGAUAGUUUAGAGCCUAUCACGCUCAAUGACUUGAGAUUACACGAAGAGUCCAUUAAACCUAAGAUUUACACCACCAUUGUUGGCUUACAGGGGAGGUGGCGUGGUGGAGAGAGUGGAUGGUGAUGAAAACACUGCUGAUGUGGUACACAGGUGUGAUAGAUGUGAACUGCUUUUGCCAUAUGCAGAAUUCCUUAAUCACCAAGAUGAUCCAGGAAUAAACCUUCUCCACUGCAGCUUCUGCGAUAAACAAUUCAACUACAGUUGUCAGCUGGCCUUACACCAGUCAACCCAGCAUGACAAGAAGUUUUACCAGUGCAGUCAGUGUGGUAAAGAACUGAGUACACUGAAAAAGCUGCAUGAUCACAUUGCAUACCAUUCCGAAGCUAGGCCUCACAAGUGCCAUCUGUGUGACAAAGCCUAUAAAGUGAAAAGUGACCUUACCCAGCAUGUCAGAGUAAAACACAUAGAAGCCUCUACAGGAAAACCGCCAUUACUCCAGCUGUGUGAGUUUUGUGGCCAAGCAGUAAAGCACUACAAAAGCCAUAAAAUAUUUUGCAGUGGCGUGAAGAAGUUUAAGUGCGACUUCUGUGUUCAGUCUUUCCACCGGAUUUCAGAACUUAAGAGACACACGUGGACUCACACUGGAGAACUUCCGUAUCGUUGCAAAAUCUGUGGGAAGGGCUGCAGGCAUCCAAGUAACAUGAAGAAACAUAUCCGUACAGUUCACAAAGCAGACAUGCGAGUGCAGAUCAAUAGAGAACAUGCAUCUCCCAGAUUCUGCAAGAACAGGAGGCCAGCUUCUAAGUUUUCAAGUCAAGUGCUGCCUGCUGACCACUCCAUUCCAGUAUCCGGUUUAGCUGCAGAUCAAGUGCUUCAAACAGACUCCUCUGUGUCACCAUUAUCUCUUUCCUACAUCUCCAUCUUUACUGGUGAUGAACAAGCCAAUGAUUUUCCCCCAUAUGACUCGCAUAGCGCAUCAUCCGAUACUGUCAGAUCAUUGUAA